AUGGGCGAACAACAAACCCAAUCCCAGCCUCACUCAGAGGCCCAGCCCCAACCGGAUUCCCCCUCCUCCGCCGCCGCCGCUCCCGACUCCAUCACCACAAUCGAGACCGCCACCGUCUCUUCCGUCACUCUCCUGCCAACCGAACUCACCGCCGUCCCUCCUCCGCCUCCUCACUCCACCCUAUCCCCUCUCGCCAAAAUCCCCUCCCGCCCCCGAAAAAUCCGCAAGCUCUCUCCGGACGGAGCCACUCCGACCGCCCCCGCUGCCGAGGAAGUUCAUACCACCACCGCUGCCACCCCGGCCGCUAGAACCGCCGCUGCGAAAUCAUCGAGAACAACCAAGGCUGCGAAUCAGCAGCGCGCCCUAGUGGUCGGGCCGAGGGUAAUCGCCAGAUCCUUGUCCUGCGAAGGAGAGGUCGACAUCGCGGUUCGCCACCUCCGUCAGUCGGAUCCUCUUUUGAGUUCGCUAAUCGAUCGCUACCCGUCCCCAACCUUCGACACCUUCCACACGCCGUUCCUCGCCUUGACCCGAAGCAUCGUCUACCAGCAGCUCGCUUUCAAGGCCGGGACCUCGAUCUACACCCGCUUCAUCUCCCUCUUCGGGGGCGAAUCCAACGUCUGCCCUGAAACCGUCCUCGCCCAAUCCGAGAUACAGCUCCGUCAAAUUGGGAUCUCGGGGAGGAAAGCCAGCUACCUCUACGACCUCUCGAGGAAGUAUCAGAAUGGGAUUUUAUCAGAUUCCUCGAUUGUGGCCAUGGACGAUAAGUCGCUGUUCACGAUGCUGACCAUGGUGAGUGGGAUAGGUUCGUGGUCUGUCCACAUGUUCAUGAUCUUCUCGCUUCAUCGGCCGGAUGUUCUGCCGAUUAACGACUUGGGGAUCAGGAAAGGAGUGCAGAUGCUGUACAAUUUGGAGGAUUUGCCCCGGCCGUCGCAGAUGGACCAGUUGUGCGAGAAAUGGAGGCCUUAUAGGUCUGUGGCCUCGUGGUACCUGUGGAGAUUUGUGGAAGCGAGGGGAACUCCUUCUAGUGCCGUUGCAGUGGGAACUGGUGGUGUUGGAUUGGGGCAGCAACAAGAGGAACAUCAGCAGCAGCAGGAACUCCAGCAUCAUCACCAUCAACAGCAGCAGCAGCAGCAGCAGCAGGAAGACCAGCAUCAUCACCAUCAGCAGCAGCCGCAGCUUCUGGACCCCAUUAGCGUUUACAAUCUCGGGUAA